CUCUCUCUCUCUCUCUCUCUCGCUCGUUAUCAACGAGCUGUAUAACCUCACAUGCCACCCCGACAAGCCACCUUCCACAGGCGAGAAAGCGAGAGGCGAAAGUAGAGAGGGAGAAGGCAGGAGAGGUGAAAAGAUAAGAGGAGGACCAGCUUCGCCACUUCGUUCGUCCCUUGCUUCCUUCUUCUGCAGGAAUUCUGAAUCUCUAACCUCUGUAGCCCAUCUAAAAUUUGCUCGGAGUCAGAGAUGUGCAAAGGUUGGAUAUUAUUGGGGUGAGGGAGACCAUAAGCGGGGAUCGAAGCUAAAAGGGAAUAUUGCAUCUGUCAUUUGACACUGAGGAUAUUAAUCUGAUUGCCUGUGCUGCUAGUAGUGAUGGGGGGUCUAUUAAUGGAAGGCAUGGUGUACCCUGGAGGUCCAAAUUAUGUGCAACUUUUCCCCUCAAAUGAUGAAAAAAAUCUUUGUUAUGGUAGCCUCCAUCAGCCUUCAAUGGGUGAAUGCAUAAUGGGAGAGGGAGAUCUGGUAGAUCCUCCUCCCGAAAAAUUUGCGGAGGUUGGUGAUGAAGAGAGUGACGAAGAUAUUGACAUAGAAGAACUCGAACGACGUAUGUGGAGGGACCGGGUGCGCUUGAAGCGUUUAAAGGAGCAACAACAGAACAAAAACAAGGAGCAAGGUGAUGCAGCAAAGCAGUGGCAGUCACAAGAGCAAGCCCGCCGAAAGAAGAUGUCUCGUGCACAGGAUGGCAUCCUUAAAUACAUGCUGAAAAUGAUGGAGGUGUGCAAGGCUCAGGGAUUCGUUUAUGGUAUUAUUCCAGAGAAGGGCAAGCCGGUUAGUGGUGCCUCUGAUAACCUUAGAGGUUGGUGGAAAGAAAAGGUCAGGUUUGACAGGAACGGGCCUGCUGCUAUCGCCAAGUACCAGGCCGAUAACACCAUCCCUGGAUCUAACAAUGAAGUGGUCUCUAGUACUGUGAGUCCUCAUUCCUUGCAGGAGCUUCAGGACACCACAUUGGGAUCUCUUCUGUCGGCUCUUAUGCAGCACUGUGACCCACCGCAGCGGAGGUUCCCCCUGGAGAAGGGAGUUGCACCACCAUGGUGGCCUACCGGGAGGGAGGAGUGGUGGCCUCAAUCGGGCAUUCCAAACGAACAAGGUCCGCCACCUUACAAGAAACCCCAUGAUCUGAAAAAGGCUUGGAAAGUUAGUGUCUUGACUGCAGUCAUCAAGCAUAUCUCUCCUGAUAUUGAAAAGAUUCGUCGGCUGGUUAGGCAGUCCAAAUGCCUUCAAGACAAGAUGACUGCCAAGGAGAUUGCAACGUGGCUUGCUGUUGUAAAGCAGGAAGAGGACAUGUAUAUGAAGCUGCACCCUGAUACCUGCCUUCCCCCAUCCUCUGGGAGUGGCCUCACAGGAGCCAUCUCCUUCAACACCAGCUGUGGUGAUUAUGAUGUAGAAGGUGUUGAUGAAGACAAGAGCGAGGAUGUGAUUCUUCACAAUCCUCCUGCUGAUGGUAACACUUUUAGCCUGAGUGCAACUGUUGGGAAUGAAAAAUUUGUUCUGUCUGUACCGAUGAAGGAUGAGACUGAUUGUGCCUUCAUUCAAAAGAGAACUGCUGCUGAGCCAGAACUGUUGUUGAACCAGCGCAUUUACACCUGCGAUAAUGCAAAGUGUCCACAUCAUGAUUUUUGCCAUGGAUUUACAGACAGGAAUGCCAGAAACAGUCACCAGUACCUCUGCAAGUAUCAGAAUACAUUUCCUCAAUCUAUUGGUGCGCUGUCAGCUGAGAACUUCCCGGUGAAUGAGAACAAGCCCCCGGUUCUCUCUAUGUCGUCAACCGCUCAACCGACUCCAACUUCACUUGGUCCAAGCCUCAAUCCUAUUAGUGUCUCUGAUUUGGGUAUUCCUUCUGAUGGGCAAAAGUCAAUCAAUGAGUUGAUGGGUUUCUACGACAACAACAUUAGUGGUGACAAGAGCUUGACUCUAGGAAGUGCUUCCGUGUUGGAAGGUUCAAAUUCUUUCCAGAGCAGAAUUCAGAUGGAAGACACCUUCUUUGGGCAGGAGACAGGAAUGGGUGGUAGUCUCUUCGAAGAAGUGGGCAGCUUGGUUCAGCAACCACAGUUCUUCGUCCGUGAGGACAUGAUGCCAUUUGGGCAACAAUUCAGCAAUCAACCCAAUGAAUCAAGUGGUGGCUUCAGGUUCACGUCUGGCUUAAACAUACCUGCUGUGGAUUACUCUAAUGCUGCAUCACAGAGGGGCAUGCUGCAGAAGAAGCACGAUGGAUCCAACUGGUUCUACUGAAAUGAGCGGUCAUCAUCUGAUCCAGAUUAUCUUAGCCAAGGAAUCAUGAAGCCGUAGUAAUGAUAUCAUGCAAUAUGUAUUGGAGUAGAUUUUAUAGAAACCUUUUAUUCGGGUGAUCUUCUCCUUGCAAUUUAUUCCAGUUUCUUCUUUAUAAACCUUGAAAGAAUUAGCAGUUCAGAGGGUGCUCCAUAGGGUAGCCACUUAUCAGAUGCUCUGGGUGGGGCAUCCUUAGCCUAAAAAGUAUGUAUAGUAGAAUGAUAAACUGGGUAGUUUAAUCCAUCCUCAUGUUGGAUUCUUGAUAGGCUAGUUAUGUUUAAACUCUGUGUUGUGGUAAUUAAAAUAUGAUUUUGCGCAA